AAAACGUCUUCCUUUAGAUGGCUGGAGCUCUCWUCAAAUUUCGAUAUUUUCAACCUUUAAAAUUAAAUCUCCUCUUCCAGAACUUAUCAGUUUUAUACUUACGUAACUGUUCGUCUACAAGGAGGUUUGAAGUCGGAGAAAAAGCUGAAAUUUUCCGUGUUUUUGGCCAAGAAGAUGUGGACGCGUUUGCAGAGUUGACAGGCGAYUUCAAUCCCAUUCAUAUAAACAGCGAGUUUGCUAAACUUGCAAAUUUUGAACGCUGUAUAGUACAUGGAGCUCUAGUGAAUGGAUUAAUUUCGUCAUUGCAUGGUACGAAACUGCCAGGCUCUGGUUGUAUGGUCGUAUCUCAGCACAUCAAGUUYCCAUCACCUUUGUAUGUUGGUGAAACAAUUAGAGCUGUAGUAGAGGUCAUGAGUUAUAGACACUCUGUAAUGUUAUGUAGUGCUGUGUGCAMGGCAGUUGAAAGAAACGAGGUCAUUCUUACUGGGGAAACUAAACUCUUUAUACCAAAAUCAAAAUUAAACUAAUCUAAUGUAA